AAAAACAGUGCCGUGAUGGAUCGAAAAAGAUUGUGUUUGUUGAUUAUUGCUAUGUUUUUGGCACAAGGAAGUGAUGCCAUGUCUAGGCAACAAUUAAAAAAUUCUGGAAAAAUGUUAAAGAAAAACUGUAUGAACAAAAAUCAGGUGACUGAAGACCAAAUAGGUAGUAUAGAUAAAGGAAAAUUCGUAGAAGAUAAAAAAGUAAUGUGUUACAUAGCUUGCAUCUUUGAAAUGACAAAUGUGGUAAAGAACAAUAAGUUGAACUAUGACGCGUCGAUCAAACAGAUUGACCUCAUGUAUCCGCCUGAUUUGAAGGAAUCUGCGAAGGCUGCCGUCGAGAAGUGUAAAGACGUUCAAAAGAAAUACAAAGACAUCUGCGAAGCGUCGUAUUGGACUGCAAAAUGCAUGUACGAUUUCAAACCAGAAGAUUUUAUAUUUGCGUGAUUUUGGAUUAUACUACUCUAGCAAU